GUACAUCCCAGAUAUCCAUUCGGUCAUUUUAAUAACAUAGUCUCGUACCCAGAUCUCUAAUUGUUACUGUUGGUGGCUCUUGAUAAUGUCGAGCAUUUUUGGAGAGGAAAGUGUUCAAACUGAGGUAAAAGCAACUGAAUUCAAGCCUCCCAAGUGCAUAACAUUCUUGGAAAAGUGGAGAUUUUGCCGGUCUGCCAAAAACCAGUUUCAUCGUUACUACAUCUAUGGUGAAAUGCAGGAUUGUUCAGUGUACUGGAAGGCCUUCAGCAGCUGUGCGACUUACACCUAUAAUAAAUCCUCCGAGUCAAAGGAGCUGAUGUUGGAAGUCAUGAAAAUGGAUGAAAUCAAAUUUACCUCAUCUUCAGUGUGGGAAAAGAGAGAAAAUCCUAGAAAAUACUGGAAUGGUAACGAGUGAAAUGUAUUCUUCACAGUGGAGGAGGAGAAGAAGAAACGUGAUUUAUUCAAAAAUGGAAUAAGUGUCUGUGUGAAGACUCUUAAUAUAUUUCAAGAAAAAGAGCCGUGGGCAACUAAGCCAGCAAGGCUGAACUGGGAGCAAGUU